GUGUCUUUUCUUUCUAUUUUAUUGAAUAAUUCUUCUUUUCUAUUAUCAUUGUUGUCGCGAAAUGAACAAAUUGUAGGUAAAAUUCACUACAUUGAUGACAUAGUUCGACUCGAGGCUCGUUCAACUUUCUCUUUGUUUUCGAAAUCUGUAACUUUUUUUAAUCCACCACCGGGCUCAAGACCUCCACCAUCGCCUCAACAUCGGCACCUCCUCCCUUUCAAGACUAAUACGCACAUAGUCUAUAUAGAUCGAGGAUCACCUACCCCGGGCACGAAAUAUUUAUUCACUCAGGAGGGCCCGCGAAAACGAAGCCUUGGAAAAAAAGGACUAGAAAAUGUCGAUAAAUCCGGUCGAGCUGUUUCACGCUCUGCAGGCCGCGGCAUUGCAAGAUCCGGCGUCUGAGCCCACGCGCAAGGCGGCCGAGAAGCAGCUCAAGACAUGGGAGACUCAUGCGGGGUUUUAUUCUUUGUUGCAGGACGCUUUUCUGGACGAGUCGUUGCCUACUGAGAUACGGUGGAUCAGUAUUAUCUACUUCAAAAACGGAAUCGACAAGUACUGGCGGAAAUCGGCACCUCAUGCACUUUCAAAGGAAGAGAAGCAGCAGAUUAGGUCAAAGAUCCCGCAGACUUAUGGUGUUUAUGUUCCGCAAUUGGGGGCGCAGAAUGCGCUUGCGGUCGCAAGAAUUGCAAGGCUUGAUUUCCCUGUCGAAUGGCCCUCUUUGUUUUCUGAUAACCUCGGACUGGCGAAAGAGGCUUACGAAAAAGGCGAUCUAACUCGCCUGAAAUCAAUCCUGGUUGUAGUAAACCAAGUCGUCAAAACACUCUCGUCGACGCGCUUCGGCAAGACCCGCGGCGCUCUGCAGCAAGCAGCUCCGGGAGUCGUCCGGUUUAUCGGACACUGGUGUUUUGAGUUUAUGCGGCAGUGGUUGAAUAACGAGCCCUCGACGUACUCGCCAGAAGAACUUGCGAUCCGCGCAGAGAUUGGGUAUCUGUCGCUCAAGAUCUGUCGGCGGCUGGUCACCGAGGGGUACGAUUUCGCCAACCGAUCUGCAGAGGCCUCUGAAUUUUACCAGGCAACCACGAUCCAUUUAUCAAUCUUUCUCGAGAAAUAUGCAGCGCAUCCGACCGAGGUUCUUGAAAAACACAUUAAAACGCUCGGAAAAUUCUAUCAAGACCUCGCUGAGCGGCAACCAACCGCAUUCAUCAUGUUGCCCGGGACGUUUAACCUCAUUAAGCUGUACCUCUCAGUCUUUCAGUCGCAGGCGGCGUCUUUUCAUCUGCCCGAAUUUGAGAAUAUCGAGUUUUGGGAGAAAGUGCUGGUGAGGGGUUUACUGCUGUUUCGGAAAUGUAUAAAGAUGAUAUUUGGGGAUGGCAUGUCCACCAUAAAAUAUCGAACUCCGGAAGAUAGAGCAGAGACGAAAGAAGCAGUAGGAAAACUGAAACAAGAGCUUUGCACAGAUUCAUUCAUAGUGCAAGUCCACGACAUUGUGCUGUGGUCGUAUCUCAGACUGCGACCGGUCGAUCUCGAGAAAUGGUCCUACGAACCUGAAGAAUUUGUCUACGACGAGAUACAGAAUAGCUGGGAGUAUCAGCUGCGACCGUGUUCUGAGAAGGUGUACAUUGAUUUAUUAGCGAACUUCAAGGAUUUGCUGAAACCACGGAUAUUGGAAGCGUUCAACAAUGUCAGUAACAGCGCUGAUAUGUCGGACGACGCGCUGCUCACCAAAGACGCGGUCUACUGCGCGUUCAGCAUAACAAGCAGCGCGUUGUUUGAAGACGUUGACUUUGACAAGAUCUUUGAGCAGAUCCUCGCGCCGCAGGUGAUGCACGCUUCAGCCGAUUCUCCGCCGAUGCUGCGGAUUAUUUUCCGUCGGAUCGCAAUCAUAAUCUCAGAUUGGGUCUCUGUCAAAUGCGGCCAGCAGACGCGCAAGAUCAUAUACGAUGUGCUCGCGCGGCUGCUGGAUCCGUCGCUGCCGUUGAACGAUCUGGUUGUGCAGCUGAGUGCGGCGUCGGCGCUCAAGAGCGCGGUGGAUGAGUGGGAUUUCAAGUUGGAGGACUUUUUGCCGUAUCUGGAGUUGUUUUUGACGAGAAUUAUGGAGAUGAUGAACAAGAUGGAGAUGAUUGAGACCAAGCUUGCGCUCUUACAGGUUAUCUCCGUUAUCGUUGAGGUUUCAGAGAUGCAUAUCUUGGCGUAUGCCGAUAGCAUUAUCGCUGUCUUGCCUUCGCUGUGGGAUCAAGCAGGCGACGAACAUAUCCUCAAAGGCGCGAUUCUGCACACGUUGACCGUGCUCAUCAACGGCGUCGGAAGGGAACUACAUAGAUUCCAACCGCUGUUCAUGCCACUAAUUGGCAGCAUCGUGGACCCGAACUCUAGCCUGCACGUCUACCUACUCGAAGACGCUCUCGAGCUUUGGCAAAGCGCAAUCAAGAACGCGACGGCUGCGUCGCCUGAGCUGCUUUCGCUGGUCCCGGCGCUGAUCACGUCGCUCGAUAACGCGACCGAUAAUCUGCGCAUCGAGCUCUCGAUUCUUGAAGGGUACGUCAAGCUCGAGCCUGCGUUUGUGCAGCAGGAGUACGGAAAGACGCUGUUUACUAUCCUUGCCUCGUUCAUCGGGUCGCUUAAAGUCGAGGCAUGCCAGACUGUUACGCGGAUUCUCGAGAUUUUCAUGCAGCGGUUGCCGAUAACUUCCUACAUCAACGAGUUUGUCGAAACCGGUCUGCUGGCACGGAUGACCAACAGCAUUUUCGAUGCGCACGAGUCUGCAAUCAACGUCGCGGGCUACCUGACAAUCUACGCGCGUCUUGCGAUCGCGGAUCCGAACGUGGUCGUCCAGUUCUGCGACAUGUACGGACCGCAGCGGCAGUCUCCGCCCUCGGGCGGUUCCUGUCUUGGACCGUUGCUCGAUACAUGGGUCGAGAAAUCGGAGAAUAUGGGACAUCCGCGGAUGCGCAGGAUGACGGCGAUGGGCUUAGAUGCGCUGCUUAACAGUCCUGUGAGCGGGCAGAGGGACGAGGUUGUAGGGAGACGGGCGACGUUGGCAGAUGUGAGAGAUCAGAUUCUGGCGGAGCAGGAGGGCGGGGACGAGGUCGAGCUCGAUGUCGAGAAAUGGGUGCAGCGCGGGCCGGGGACGGGAUAUGGGUCUGGUUACUAGAGUAGAUGAUUGUAUAUAUUGAUUUCACUAAUUGAAGAUACUUCAACGCCACUACCGCACUCAAACUACAGAAAAUGUAUCGGUCCA